CUGAAUUUAGGCUUGGCGCGGGGUCUGAGAACUUCGGCGUCGAUCUCUGCUGGGGGUAGAGUAGACGCCAGACACACUCCAGCUCUGGCUGCGGUGGUUCAACAGGGCCUAAUUGAUGAGUUCCGCUCCGCUUAUGACAUCAUACCAUUGGUCCCGCACCGCAAAGAAUCGGAAAGCCUGCGCGGUCUGCGCCCAGUCACUCCCGCCCUCCACCCUGCGCCUGACAAAGUUCCUCCCGGCCAAGUCCAGACCCAUACCUGGUCGAGCCUUCAUUCCACGACUGCCACUGUCUUCCUGUCCUCACGUGCGCGGCAUGUCCUCUUUCCUCGCUCCUCGUCGCGCCUUUUCCGCCCCCUACAACACUCCAUGAUGGGCGGCCAACUUCCUUCGUCAACGAGCUCUGUCCCCGCAAAGGCCUCCAAGCGAGAAAUGGAGGUCACCGACAGGACGAAAGAGCGGGAAUUCUACCGCUACUAUCAGAAGUCGCAGCCCCUUAAGGCCGACGACGUCCCUGGUCUCCAGCCUGUGGCGCGCGCACCAAGUCCUCCUCUAGUAGAGCCGUGCAAGCCUUGUCUUUCUGAUGAUCCUGCCCUCACUGCUUUUGCGCAAUUGGGGGCCCUCCGCCUAAACACGCGUCGCUGCUUGAUUUCGUUCUUCGAUCGAAAGACUUGCUAUAUCCUCGCAGAGGCCACGAGGACUCUGUCUCUGCAAACCGGCGAAGCUCAAUUCGAGGAAGACAAUUUGUGCUGGGGUACCACGACAUUCCCAAAGCAAAAGAGCAUCUGUUACUAUACGGUGAAUCUGCCACUGGACGAUGCAGGGCCGGACUAUGACGAUUUCAGCAACAUCCCGUCACUCGUCGUCAACGACCUAUCUCUAGAUGCUCGCUUCAACGACUACCCCUUCGUGGUCGGCUAUCCAUACUCCCGGUUUUACGCCGGUGUACCCAUCCGCAGUCCUAAGGGACAUAGUAUAGGCACGUACUGUGUGCUUGAUGAGACACCACGCGAUGGCAUUUCUUCCGUAGAUUUGUCUUUUCUGAAAGGCAUGGGCUAUACGAUCAUGAAGCAUUUGGAAAUGAAGCGGGCUGCGGAGGAUCACAGACGUGGGGGUACUAUGGUGAGGAGUUUAGGCUCGUUCGCAGAAGGCAAGGCUAGCCUGGAGGAAUGGUGGCAGGACCCAUGGGAGAUGGAGGAAGGAGGAACUGCUGGGCCCGUGGAGACAGCGACUGCGCCGCGUCAGCGUCGACAAACCAUGUCUUCCGCUCCAACGCCUAGACCCAAUAUGGAAGAGCCAGUGCUGCUCAACCGAAACGACAGUCUGGAUUCAAGCAACCCCAGCGUGAACAGUCCGAAUCCGACGUCUCCUGGAGCCGUUGCUCCUGGUAGUGCCAAUAUCACGCCUGUUUCCGAGAUCACUGCAAACUCUCGCCCAUCAGUGGUUGCUACCAAGUCUGCGUCGUCAACAAUAGAUGGAACGCAACAAGAUCGAGUGUCCCCGGAGGUUAGGGCAACCUUCACCCGGGCUACCACUAUGAUCCUAGAGGCGACAGAGGCGGAUGGCGCAAUAUUCUUCGACGCCAAGGUCAGUACCUUCGGUGGCCUUGUCGAAGAUGAGCUUGCGCAAGAGCAACCGGUGGAUCCAUCUGAGCAAGAUAAACCAUGUAUCAUCCUUGGCGAGUCUCUUGAUAAGAACAGCGCGACCUCUGACGACUUGCCUAGUGGGACAUACACCAUGACGGAAAGUGUCCUUCGAUAUCUCCUACGCGCGUAUACUCAUGGUCAGAUAUUCAACUUCGAUGACGACGGAGCCUCUGAGAUGCCGGGUGGUGCCACUGCAGUGGAGCCGGAAGUACAGCCGCAGCUGACGCCUUUGGCCGAGACGCUCGAAUUCCUUGCUCCUAAGAAAUCGGAAUCCGCAAGAAGCCAGGACGAUGAGAAUCUUCUCCGUGAGGUUUUCCCUACAGCUCGUAGCCUCGUCUUAUAUCCAUUAUGGGAUGCGCAUCGCGAUCGAUGGUACGCUGGAGCCAUCAUCUGGAGUUCGGACCCCAUGCGUGUGUUUACUAGCGAGCAAGAACUCAGUUAUCUCGCGGCAUUUGGCAACAUUAUUAUGGGAGAAGUGGCACGUCUCGACACAAAGCUGGCGGAUGCUGCUAAAGGCGACUUCAUUUCAUCAAUUAGUCAUGAGCUUAGGUCACCUCUCCACGGUAUUCUUGGAUCUUGUGAAUUGCUUAGGGACACCUACCUCGACACGUUCCAGCUAAGUACCGCCCAGACGAUCGAGACGUGCGGAAAGACUUUACUGGAUACCAUCAAUCAUGUUCUCGAUUUUGCAAAGAUCAACAAUCUUACGCGCGGGACGUCCAAGCGUCAGAAGAAGCGUUCUCAAAGCUCCAAGCAAGUCAUCACUUCUAGCCAGGGGCAUGCGAACGACAUUAUGACUCUGAUCACCGAUGUCGACCUCAGCGUGUUGACUGAGGAGGUUCUUGAGACCGUGUUUGCUGGACAUAACUUCCAGAAGAGCGCCGUAAAGGCAUUCCAGAAGCAUAAGCCGGCUAACGACGUUGCUCCAAUUGCUGUCAUCGUCGAUAUCAAUAAGAGUGAUAAUUACGUCUUCCGGACUCAGCCUGGAGCGUGGCGCCGUGUUCUCAUGAACCUAUUCGGCAACUCUCUGAAGUACACACAGGCCGGCUAUAUCAAGGUCAAGCUUCAAGCUGGACGUGGCAGUCCAACAGAUGAAGUCUCUGACGUUCGCCUUACGAUCAGUGAUUCUGGCAUCGGAAUGUCGGAGGACUACGUGAACAAUCGAAUUUUCCAUUCUUUCGCGCAGGAGAAUCCUCUCAGUCAGGGGACAGGUCUCGGCCUUAGUAUCGUGAAACAAAUCGUCCAGUCUCUAGGCGGCGACAUCGACGUCCGCAGUCAAAAGGGAUACGGAACUAAAUUCACUGUCUACUGUCCGUUGAAGCUGUCAAUGAUGUCUCCUACUGUUCAUGCCGCCAUGCCGGACAAGGAUCUGUGGUCUAUCACGAGGCGAACCAAGGGCAUGAAAGUUGCUUUCGUGGGAUUUGAUGACGAGAUGGAAUACUUCCCAGUCAAGAACCCCAAGAGCAAGAAUGCUAGUGUGUUGACGCUGAAGGCGCUGGACAGUCUCUGUACUGACUGGUUUGGAAUGCGAAUCCAGCACCAUGGAUCCCCCAAGGCCACGACACCAGACCUCUUCGUAGCAACUGAAGCUGGCGCGAAAAUGCUUCGCCAGCAGUAUAUAAGCAACCCAGACUCAGCUCCGAUGUCUCCGGUCAUUUCCCUGUGUCAAGGCGCCGCGUCCGUGCAGUCAUGUACGGCGAUUACUGUCCCAGGCCAGAUCUUCGAAUGCGUUACCCAACCUUGUGGUCCACACAAACUCGCCAAGGCUUUGACCUCCUGCCUUGAUCGCCAUUCAAAUCGAAUAAUGACCCGGUCAGCAGAGACCGAUACUGCGAUCCCCAACGUAGAGGCUCUCAGUCUUAAGGAGAACAUUAAGGCUCCCACUCUACCGACGGGCUUAGACACCCUGCGACCACCAAUCAUGUCCACGCUCAGUGCCCCAGAAGUCCUAAUGUCACCCUUCAAGAGCUCUGCGAUCAACCUCGGUCAAAACCAUCACGCGCUGAACUGUCUCGCGGUCGACGACAAUCCCAUCAACCUGCGUCUCCUCCGCACCUUCAUCGAGAAGCUUGGCCAUCGCCAUAGUCUCGCAACCAACGGCGUCGAAGCCGUCGACCUCUUCAAAUCUAACCGCAACUUCGACGUAGUACUAAUGGACAUCAACAUGCCCGAAAUGGACGGCCUCGAAGCAGCACGCCAGAUCCGCGCACACGAACGCGAUACUGGCGCUAGUCCGGUCACCAUCAUUGCACUCACGGGUGUCGCAUCAUCGGAAGCGCAGCAAGAAGCCCAUGUCUCUGGCAUUAACUUAUUUUUGAUUAAGCCGGUCAGUAUCGCGAAUUUGGAGGUGGUGUUAAAGGGCGUGGUGAGGGGGUAGGAGAGAAGGAGGUGUUGCUGAGAUGGAAGUUGCGGCUGCCUCUUCUUUUAAGAUGGUGGGGGAAUGAGUGUAUAUAUAUUAGGCGUUUUGUCAUAAGUGGUUUGUGUGAUGGGGCUGGAUACCCUUUUCCUGC